AUGUCGGUGCAGCUCCUUCUGGCCAGCGGCCGCGUCUUGCUCCAAUGCCCUUUGAGCACCAGUGGGUCACAAGUUGCCCAGGAUGCCCAGAGAGCUGGGGUUGCCGUGCAGGGCCUGGUGAAGGCGGAUGGGCAGCUGCUAGAUCUUCGGAAAAGCCUGGCAGAGAAUGGCUUGGAGGACGGCGACGUGGUCACCGCCGUGGCGCGCCGCGCGCGCCUGGCGGCGAACCUCUCGGCCUUCGUGCUGAUCGGCGCGGAUGGUCGCGCCGAGGCCUGGGGCGGCCCGGAGCUGAAGUGCGAACUGACGGAUGUGCAGGAGGUUCAGGCCACGGACUUUGCCUUCGCCGCCGUGUGCGGCGAUGGGCGCGUCGUUGCCUGGGGUGAUCCGGACUUCGGAGGCGACUGCAGCGGCGUCCAGGAGCAGUUGACUUCGGUGGAGCAGAUUCAGUCAACCGGUGCAGCUUUUGCAGCACUGAAGACCGACGGCUCAGUUGUGGUCUGGGGCCACCCCAUCUUCGGCGGUGAUGCACGUGCGGUGCAGGAGCAGCUUCUUGAGGUGGUGUGUGUCCAGAACUCCCGGGGCGCCUUUGCAGCGCUGCGGAGCGACGGGAGCCUCGUGGCCUGGGGCGCUCCGCACGGCGGGGGCAGCUGCUCCGCCGCGGUGCGCGAGGCGCUGAGGCGCUGCGGCGGCGUCCGGAGCGUCCAGGCGUCCUACGCAGCCUUCGCGGCGAUUGGCCGAGACGAGACGGUGGUGAGCUGGGGUGAUACAGAGAAAGGAGGAGACUCUAGCAGCGUGCAAGAGCAGCUGACGGGUGUCCAGCAGAUCCAGGCGACCCGCGCGGCCUUCGCGGCCGUGCUGCGCACGGGGCGGGUGGUGACUUGGGGCUGUCCCCAGAGUGGUGGAGAUAGUCGUGACGUCCAGGAUCGCCUGCGCAACGUCCAGCAGAUCCAAGCCUCGACCUAUGCCUUCGCUGCCUUGACAGCGGCCGGUGAGGUGGUCACCUGGGGCGGCGAUGCCGGCGACAGCGUCCAGAUGCAGGGGAAGUUGAGACAGGUGCAACAGAUCCAAGCGAGUGGUGGGGCCUUUGCUGCGAUUCUGCAGGAUGGAAGUGUGGUCACCUGGGGAGAUCCUGACAAAGGUGGCAAUUCCAGCCACGUGCAAGCGCAGCUGGUAGAGGUGCAACAAAUCCAAGCUUCCCGUGACGCCUUUGCCGCCCUGUGCACAGAUGGGCGUGUCGUCACUUGGGGCUCCCAGCGCGGGGGCGGGGACUGCGGGCGCGUGAAGGAGCGACUGAAAGAUGUGCAACAGAUCCAGGCCACCACCCACGCCUUCGCAGCUCUCUUAGGUGACGGCUCGGUAGUGGCCUGGGGAGGCACCAAGUAUGGUGGCUCGCGUGGAGAAGAAGCCAAGUCGAAGGGCAAAGGCUUCUUGGCUCCCGACGACCGCGCACCGCCGGGACAAAAGACACCGGCGGAAAAGGUGAAUCGGGGAGUCAGGUACCUGCUCCUGGCGCUUUGGUUUGGGCUCCAUGCCUUUGUGGCGGCGCAGGCCUACAAGGUUCGCAUCCUUACCCAGCUGGUGAGGUUGCCCAUCCCUUCGUGGACCCACAUGGAAGCGGCCAGAACCUAUGGAUCGGACUUCGAGAGCAUGAGGACGUCUCAGAUGCUGCGGGUCCCCGUGGUCGGUGGGUCGCAGGAGAGCUAUGUCCAUCAUGAGGACAAUCAAGCGAGGCCGGUGGACCCUUGGGGCUUGGAGCGUAGCGCUGGAGAUACUCCCGAGCUUCAUCCUGAUGUGAACUGUGCUGUGGAGAAGCAGCGUCACGUGUGGCUGAUCCGAGAGGCUGCCAAGUUCUUCCAAACUUACGAUGCCUUCUGCCGCGUAUCCAUGAGCGCUGGCACCAGCUCUUUGGCCACCUUCUUUUGCUUCUACUGCCUUGCCUACGUCUGCACCGAGUUGGCCGCACCGGUGGCCGCGUGGGCAGGCAUGUUCGUCUUUUGCGGCAUCACCUUGCUCUUGUUGCGCACCGACCAGAUCCUCUCAGAGGGGGUCUCUCAGCCGCCUCCGACGCCCAAGUACCGACCGGGCGAGACGUGGGCCUCUGGCAGCAAGGCGCAGGACAAGUUGGAAUCCUUGUUGGCCGAGUACCAUGGAGAACUCAUGCAGAAGCUGAUGCUCCAAGAAUUGAUGCUGAAGCAGAUGCUCCCUGUGCUUCAGUACGGCCACCUCAGCUACGGCUACGAGAUCGAUCCGGAGCCACCCGGGCCUUCGAAAGACUCCAAAACCAAGGACUUUUCUGAGGGGCUUGGCCCGCUGCCAGAUCAGAAGAACAGCCGCCUCUCCCUCAUGAAGGCCAACACCGUGCCAGUGUCCUUCAAGGAGGAUGGCGAACAAUUGUUCAGCACUUUUCAUGCGGAGGACUUGAACCGUGUGGAGAUGGCAGCCAGCGUCGAUGGGCAACACAGCCGGCAACGCUAUGCCAGCAGGAUGUCAGAAGCUCGUGCGAGAGCUCAUCAGAUGUCCAAAACUACAGGUCAAAUGGCGAGACGGGUGGUGGAGAAUCCGUUCUUCGAUGCCUUCUUUGCUGUGGUGGUUCUCCUGAAUUCCGUCUUCAUCGGCUAUGAAGUGGAGGUAAGCCUCACCACCACCCAGCGGAACACCUUCAUGCAGGUCUGUCAGUAUAGCUUUACCUUCCUCUUCGCCGCGGAGCUCCAUUUCCGCAUCAUGGCCUUUGGCAAGGACUUCUUCUGCAACGAGGAUUGGAAUUGGGCCUUACUGGAUGUCUUCAUCGUGUUAAGCUCCUUCUGGGAGGUCAUCGUGGACAUUUCCAAGGCCAUGGGGGAGAGCAACAUCGAGACCAUCGCGGGCAUCAGCAGCCUCAAGGCCUUCCGCAUCAUCCGUAUCACCCGGGUGUUGAAGACGGUGCAGCUGGUCCGGAUCUUGCGCUUUGUGGUGGCGCUUCGCACCUUGGUGACCUCGAUUUUUCACACGCUGAAGAGCCUGGUCUGGGCCAUGGUCUUGCUGACCCUGAUUGUGUAUGUCUUCGCUGUCCUCUUCACACAGGCGGUGAAUGAUUUUGUGAAGGACAACAAGCACGUCAUGGAUCCGGACCAGUGGCAGGCAUUGGAGCUGGUGAGUGCCGAAUACUUCGGUUCACUGGGGACGACCAUGCUGAGUCUGUUCAUGAGCAUUGCUGGAGGAGUGAGCUGGGAGGAGGUCUUGGUACCGCUCCACAAGAUGAACACGAUUUGGAUUCUGAUCUUCCUGGUGUACAUUGCCUUCACAUAUUUUGUUUGUUGUUGUGGAGGCGACCCGGUUGUGGUGACCUGUUGGAACGCGGCAGUUCUCAAUGUUGUCACUGCGGUUUUCUGCCAAACUGCCAUUGACAGUGCUCAAAAUGAUCACACCACCAUGAUGCACGCGAUUUUGGCGAACAAAGAGGCCCACCUUCAGAAGGUGAAGGAUUUGUUCAACCGCCUCGGUGCAGAGAAGAGCGGGGAAAUCACUUAUUUGAUGUUCGAAGAGAAGAUCAAUGCCCCGGAAGUCAGGGAAUAUUUCUCGUCCUUGGGUCUGGAUGUUUGGGAUGCUUGGUCCUUCUUCAAGAUGUUGGAUUUGGAUGAGAGCGGUGCGGUCGAUAUGGAGGAGUUUUUGAUGGGGUGCUUGCGUGUGCGCGGCAGUGCCAAAGCGAUCGACAUCAGCAAGAUCAUCCAUGAUCAAACAUGGCAGAUCAAGAAUCAGGGCAAAUUUCAAACCUACGUCGAAGUGGAGUUGAAGCAGAUCAAGGACAGCCUCCUCACGGUGGCUGAAGCCUUGCCAAAGGGCCGGCGGCACGGGAAUAGUCCCAAGGUCACUCCUGGCUGA